GGAGUACUUGAAUACUGUGCCACAAAAAUGGAUCUGAAAACACACAAGCUAACUCUGCCAGUAAUUUACAGGUAUCCAGCUGGAAAUAUCUUAGAUUUUAUCUAGAAACUAGGUGUUCGGUGCAGAUUUAACCGAGAUUCAGCAUUUUUGGAAACAUUUUUUAUUGUUGGUACUGAUCAAGGACAUAAGGAAUAUAGCCUCCUCAGUCUGUGGGUCCACAUGCAUUUUAUUUCGUAAAGCUUAUGAACAGUUUCUAUCGACUAAAUACCUCUGGUACGUGUUUGUGGAAGCUCCAUAGUUUCAGUCCAUGCCACCAGAUUGCACCACAAUCUGCUUGCAGUGCCCUGUGUGAUGUUUUGAAGAUACGGGUCGGCGAAAUGGCUGCACAAGGCACACGUUCUGAAGUAAUUAGCAAUGAAGACGUACUUCGGAUGCUGGAGGAGUGUGACUUCAAUUCACUUUAAGAUGAUGAGGGUCAACAAUUGUCGGAUAAGGAGGCUGUCCCUGAAUCUACAGUCAUUACUGAACAAGCAGGCAUCGAAAUAGAAGACCGUAUGCCCGAUUUGUUGCAGGACAGUGGACGUAAACGUAAGUUAAAAUGGAAGUGCUCAAAAAUGGAAAACAAGGAACCAGGUGAAGAUAAUUUCCAAGAUAUGACAGAUGGUGUAUUAAGGGAUCCUGCUGAAUACUUUUCGAAUAUUAUGAGAAGAGUUUUUGGAAUGUUGUUGCAGAACAGACAAAUAUAUAUCAUGUGCAAAGUAAUAGUAAGAAUCUGAACACAAAUAUGAACGAAAUUCUGCCCUUUGUUGGGAUUGAAAUUCUAAUGGGUACGCUCUAGCUGCCACAAGCCUAGAUGUACUGGAGUAGGCUACUUGAUCUGCCUCUUAUCAAUGAUACUCUGACUCCAGACACAUACUUCAAGUUAUGCAAUCAUUUACAUUUUGUAAAUAAUUUACAUGACCAAGAUAGGGGUGACAAACUUUGGAAAGUGAGGCCUGUGAUUAAUGUUUUCAGGAAUAAGUGUCUCGCUUUGCCACGAUCUAAGCACCUAUCAAUUGAUGAGCAGAUGAUUCCAUUCUCUGGCAGAUGUGCAAUGAGAACUUGUGUGCCAUCGAAACCCAAUCCUCUUGGGUUGAAAAACUUUAUUUUGGAAACUUCAGAGGGUUUAGUUCUUGACUUCAUAAUAUAUACUGGAAAAGGAACAGUGCCUGAUACCGAAUUAAAAGAAAUAGAUUUAGGUGCAAGUGUAAUUAAACUGUUGACUGUGACAGUUCCAAACAAUGGGCAGCAUGUGAUAUAUAGUGACAGAUUUUUUACAGACAUAAAGUCAAUUGAGCUUCUCUUAAGCAACAACAUAUCAAACAGAUACUGUAAUGAAAAACAGAAUGACUGAUAUGGCUUCAAAAUUCAAAACUGAUUGUGAUCUGAACAGAGGUGAGUGGGAUGAAUGUGUGAGGGAAGGCAAGAAGGUGUGUGCACUUAAAUGGAAAGAUAACAAGGCUAUCAUUUUGGUAUCAUCUAGUGUUGGGAGUGUGCCGCAAGUUACUUGUAAUUGAUGGUCAAAAGGCGCAGAAGUAUUGGUGUACCACAACCAGCUAUUGUGAAGAGUUAAAAUUGUAACAUGGGUGGUAUUGACCUAUGUGACAGAUUCAUGGCCUACUACAGGUCAAAUAGCUGAACAAGAAAAUGGACAAUCAGGCUAUUUAACCAAUUUAAUGCCGUAGCUAUUAUUAAUUGCUGGAUUAUGUACAAAAGAACCUGUACAAAAGAAGUACCAAAGUGUAACAGACUGUCCCUAAUAAACUUCAGACUGAAUGUGGCCAAUGUAGUGAUAAAGGGUUCUCAUGUCAGAGGGUCCUCACAACUCUCCAAAGAAAUAACCUUCUAUGAACAGGAGAUCACCGACAGCUCAGGAGAAGAUGAAGACAAUAAACCCGAAAGAAGAAAAGUUGUUUCCAUACCAAGGAAGCGAACUCGAUGUGGCGGAUUGAUAUCUUCCCUAAUACACAGAGGCAAAGAAUGAGUCUAAAUGUUGUUUUAAGUUUGCAAAUCCCCCAUAAGAACCUUGUGCAAGAAGUGCAGUGUUUAUUUAUGUGUGACUAAAAACAAUCGUUUUGUAAAAUCAACAAGAACUUUAAUCUGUUUUUCAAUGUAUUAUUUAUUUACCAGUUAAUACGUGGAGUCCACAUAUGUGUACCUAAAAUAUUUUGGACUGUACAAAAAAUAAAAAUGCAAAUAAUGUAAUCCUGAAUGU